AUGACGACAGAAAAGGAGUUGUACACCAACGGCACUCAAAAAGUGGUUGUGAGCCUUAGACUUAAAAGGCUCCUCAUUGCCAUAUUUGCCUCUCUUGCGAUAAGCGCAUGGGUGAUUCUUCAGGCAGGAGGGCAAUUGCCAGCGUUCCGGUCUUCAAGGCAAAACGAGCAGCCUGGUGCUUCGGAAAAGAAUACGAGAUGUGGCAAGACUAGGGCCAUUGUUCCAUCAUUCAAUGGUUCUUUUGACUUAAUUCUACACGACCCUGAAUUCAAAAAAAGAUCCAUCGAGAAUUUGGCAAAAGCUGUUCAGAUUCCUACUGAAAUUCAGGAUGUUAAUCCACAACCCUCCGAAAACCACGAAUACUACAGGUAUUUUUAUCAAUUUCAUCAUUAUUUGCAACAUACUUACCCAUUAAUUCACAAAUAUGUGACGUUGGAGAAAGUUAAUGAACUCGGGUUGCUUUAUACCUGGCAAGGCUCUGAAGAGAACUUAAAACCAAUUUUGUUUAUGGCUCAUCAGGAUGUUGUUCCUGUCGAAAGAAAAACGUGGGACUCGUGGAAGUACCCACCAUUUUCCGGUUACUACGAUGAAGAAACAGAUUUACUUUGGGGCAGAGGAUCUAAUGAUUGUAAAAACUUGCUUACUGCCGAAAUGGAUGCCAUUGAGCAACUUCUAAAGGAUGGUUUCAAGCCCAGAAGGACUGUUUUGAUGUCAUUUGGAUUUGACGAAGAAUCGAGUGGACAUCUUGGUGCUCACAACUUAGCACUUUUCCUCAAGGAAAGGUACGGGAAGGAUGGUAUUUACAGUAUUAUUGAUGAAGGUUUCGGUGUAAUAUCGUUAGGCGAUGAUCUGUACGUUGCAGCUCCAAUAAAUGGAGAAAAAGGAUACGCUGAUGUGGUGUUCACCGUCAAUGGUCAUGGAGGUCAUUCAUCUGUGCCUCCUGAUCAUACUACUAUUGGUGUCGCUGCUGAAUUAAUUACAUUGCUGGAAAAAUACACAUUCGAUUUUGAUUUCGAAGUUGAUAAUCCUCUAUAUGGUUUAUUGACCUGCGUUGCUGAGCAUUCUGAGCUAGUCCCAGAAUCUUUGAAAAAAACAAUUCUUGGCGCAUCAGGAGAUUCGAAGAAGAAAGCAGCUUUGGAAUCUUAUUUGGCUACUGAUCCUCGUUUCCGUGAAUUAAUUAGAACCACGAGGGCUGUCGAUAUAAUCGAAGGAGGUGUCAAGUCAAAUGCACUACCAGAAGUCGCUAGCUUCUUGAUAAAUCACAGAAUUGAAAUUCACUCUUCCGUUAAUGAAACUAUGGAACAUGACUUAAAAUAUGCUAAAGAAAUCGCAAAGAAACACGGGUAUGGUUUAUCUUACAAUAAUAAUACUAUUGAACCAGAAACCGAUUUAGGCUUUAUCGAAGUUUCUGUUACAUAUGGAUUAGAACCAGCUCCAAUGUCACCAUCUUCGGGACCGGUAUGGGAUUUAUUUGCUGGUACCAUUCAAAAUGUUUUUGAAAAUGGAGUUUUUGCAGAGGACCCAGAAGCUGAUUUUUAUAUUUCUACGACUUUAAUUUCUGGCAAUACUGACACCAGAUAUUAUUGGGACUUAUCAAAGUUUAUCUACAGGUUUGUUGGAUCUUUAAUGGACCCAGAAAUAUUGAAAACAUUACACUCAGUUGAUGAGCAUGUUGAUAUCAGUGGCCACUUAUCAGCAACUGCUUUCAUUUAUGAGUAUGUUAUCAACGCAAGUGAAAAUAUUUGA